AUGACUGCUCUAACGCCCAAGAAUAGACAUAAUGAGGGCUCUGAGAAUCCAGCGGCUCCUGAGACCCUUCCACGCAAGAGGAGCCCGAACCGGCGCAGCCCUUACGCCCCUCCCCACCCACCCUCCUCCAAUUUCCCAAAUCGCCUCCUCCUCCUCCACGCUUUGAAAAACGCCUUUAUCCUGCGCCGGAGGUCUGUGAUGCUCCAGAUCCAGACCCCCAAGGAAGUUGGCGUGCCCGCGAGUCACGCGAGUCCCCGGGAGCCGCCCGCGCGGCCCGGACUCAGUAAACUAAACGCGCCCCCUCGAACCUGGGGCGGGGCUCGCUCCGAGGCCCAGCCCCGCAGCUCUCAUUGGUGGAUCCUCUCCGGGGGCGGGGCCCGCGCGCCCCAGUCUGGGACCGGGAGUGGCUCGGGAGCGCGGGUCCACGGAGAGGCGGAGACGCCCAGGCAACCUGAGUCUUCAUCCAUGAAUUGGACAGAAUUCCUCCAGUUUCCAGUUGGAAUAAGUGAUGCUAUGACUGUAAAAAGCUGGGAUACAGUUAUUUUACCUUUUCACUUACCUGAUAAAGGUUAUGUGCUAUCUCUGGUGUGUCCCAACUCCUCCCAGGCUUGGUGCUCCAUCACAAAUGUGUCACAGCUACUGGCUUCAGAGCUCUCCGGGGACCCGAAUGCCAGCAGAACCAACCUGAGCAUUUCUGCAAACAUCGAAAACAAAUACAGCCUCUAUGUGGGCCUGAUACUGGCAGUAAGUUCCAGUAUUUUUAUUGGCUCCAGCUUCAUACUGAAAAAGAAGGGCCUCUUGCAGUUGGCCAACAAGGGUUUUACCCGAGCGGGACAAGGUGGACAUUCUUACCUCAAGGAAUGGCUGUGGUGGGCAGGGCUCCUGUCAAUGGGAGCAGGAGAAGCUGUGAAUUUUGCUGCUUAUACUUUUGCACCAGCCACAUUGGUCACCCCACUGGGUGCUCUGAGUGUUCUUGUAAGUGCAAUACUGUCUUCCUAUUUUUUAAAUGAACGCUUGAACAUUCAUGGGAAAAUAGGCUGCAUAUUAAGUAUAUUGGGCUCAACUGUGAUGGUCAUCCAUGCCCCACAGGAAGAGGAAGUCGCUUCUUUACAUGAAAUGGAAAUGAAAUUGAGAGACCCAGGAUUUAUUUCCUUUGCUGUCAUCAUAGUGGUGAUCUGCUUGGUGUUGAUUUUGUUUGUGGCUCCCAAGAAAGGACAGACCAACAUAUUGGUGUACGUUUCAAUCUGUUCCUUGAUUGGGGCAUUUUCAGUUUCUUCUGUCAAAGGCCUGGGAAUUGCGAUGAAGGAACUGUUGGAAUGGAAGCCAGUUUACAAGCAUCCCCUCGUCUUUGUUUUGCUAGCUGUGCUUGUGCUUUCAGUGAUGACACAGAUAAACUAUCUCAACAAAGCACUGGACACCUUUAAUACAUCUCUGGUGACUCCUAUUUAUUACGUGUUCUUCACUUCCAUGGUGGUGACUUGCUCUGCCAUCUUAUUCCAGGAAUGGUACGGAAUGAAAGCUGGAGAUAUCAUUGGGACCCUGAGUGGGUUCUUCACCAUCGUCAAUGGCAUCUUUCUUUUACAUGCUUUUAAAAACACUGACAUAACCUGGAGUGACCUGACAUCCACUAAAAAGGAAGUUUUCUCUCUGGAUGGCAAUGAAGAUAAAUAUGUCUUACUAGAGAACAUAGAAAAUUCCCCAGGAUAUGAUGAUGAUGUCACAUUGUUUACCAGGACUAGUGAUCAAAGUCUUUAA